GGAAGCACCACCUUUCUUCCGGCGCCGGGUCAAAGGCUUUUAUUUUGACAGGAGCCCUGGAGAGCUCCGUCGGUCCCCUCGCCUAUAGCCCGACAGACAGUGGUGCUGCUGCUGCUGCUGAGCCUCGCCGGUGUGUGUUCGCGCGGAUGGUGGACUGUCCCCGGUGAAGAAAAAAGAAAAGAAAAGAAAAAACACCGACAACCCUCAUCCUCCUCUCCCCUUCCAACCCCCAUCCUGACCCUCGCCCCCCCUCCCUCUCCCCCCCCUAAGGCACGCUUUAAAAUGCCUCAUCGCCGUGUGUAAACGGGCGAAACUUGGCGGCGGGGAGAGAGUCAGGACUGCGGGCGGCUUUCAGAGGAAAAUACAGGCAGGAUGUUGCAAGUUUUAGCUUGUGGCGCCGUAGUUUUCCCCGGUCUCUUCUUCGCCUUCAGGAGAAUCCUGCCGUGUGUGUUCAAACACUGGAGCGAUGCCGACGUGGUGCUGGUCAGCGAGAGACUGGUGUCCUCCAUCCAUGCCGUCAUGGCAACCACGGUGGGAGUCAUCGUUGUAUCAUCAUGCCGGGAGAAUGUCAUUAACGACAGCCACUGGCUGGCCACCUACUUCAUCAUCUGGUACGGCGUGCCCUACAUGACGUACGACAUCUUCGCCAUGUACCUCAGCCACUACCACCGCUUCCACGUCAAAGGGCACGAGAGCUACAAGCGGCACUCGCUGAGGACCGUCAACUCCUUCGUCCGCCGAGAGUUCCUGCUGGUGUUGCAUCACAUCGCCCUGCUCUCCAUCCUGCUGCCCGUCACGCUGUUCUUCAGAAGGGACCAGGGGGAUUUCUUCGUCGGCUGCUUGUUUCUAACGGAGCUCAGCACGCCCUUCGUCUCCCUGGGGAAGAUACUUAUUCAGCUCAGCCUCCAGGAAUGCUGGCUGCACAAGGCCAACGGCGGCAUGGUCCUCCUCACCUUCUUCCUGUUCCGCAUCGCCCUCUUCCCCUACAUGUACUGGGUGUACGGCCGCCACUACGGCAUCCCGCUCUACAGCGUGCCCUUCCACCUGCCGCUGUCCGCCAACCUGGGCAACACGUGCAUCCUGGCGCCGCAGGUCUACUGGUUCGUGCUCCUCUGCCGAAAGGGCUGGCGCCUCUACCGGCGCGGCCGGGCGCCGCCGGACUCGUCCCCCCCGCCCGCCGUCACUGACAAUGCCAAAGGGGAUUGAUACCCGGCUUCACCGGUUUGCUUCUUCUUCUUCUUCUUUGGGUUUUUUUUUCGCCCGCUCAAGCCGCGCACUCAGCUACUAACGCAUCUACUUCCGCAGUAAGGCACUAGUUUUGACUUAACACAUUUCAAAGCCGUGCCCCCCCCCCCCCCCCUCCCCUCUUCAUUUGUAGUAUAUAACAGGAACGCCUGCUGUUCGCACACCUUAAAUCCUCUGUUACAAAAUCUGCUGCCUACGUGGACCUCUCCCACCGAUACAGCCCUACUACUGACGUUUGAUGAUUUGCUUCUUCUUUUUUUUUGGAGGGGCAUCCGUUGACAUAUAUAUAUAUUUUUUUUGGCUUCACUGAGAGUUGAAAAUAAUAAAAAAAACACCAGAAACUGAAGAAGCGACGUCUCUUCCCCCCGGUCUGUUACAGUGUGCGAGUGGCUGCUGCGAUAGGUUCUAUUUAUUGGAGUAACUUUGCUGCGAAGGGUUAGCUGGUGGCGGGCGGGUCGCGGACUUUGUGCAGUAUUAGCAGGAACGUACAUGUCGCCUCAUUCGCCCGCUUUAAUGUGACGCCUCACCUCUUAUCUUUUUGUUAGUCUCCCACCGAGCAUCUUACAGCGGCCUCAUUUUUGCAGAUUUGAAGCGACAGGCUUCCGCCCCCCCCCCCCCCCCCCCCACGCUGUAACAUUGCUUUUAAGUCAUUUGGCUCACUUAUUUUCCAGAAGAACCCCCCCCCCCCGCCCCCCAAAACCCUGUCCUAGCUCUGCAUGGUCUCUUCCCCCCACCCCCCCCCCCUCUCCCCCCUGCGGAUUUGAUGCUGCACUCAUGUUCUUGGGAAAACUUCCACUUACAUUUUAAGAAAAACUUUCAGGAAUUCCGUUCUGCAAUAAUCUCCGAUGUUGGAGAAUGGUGUCCCCAACAAGGGAAGCCCUCAGUUGUGGAAACCAUUUUCUUUUUUUCAUGAUAUGCAUGGCAUUAAACAAGUCUGUGCGGGAUUCUAUUCUAUUCUAUUUUUUUUUUAUUUUUUUUUAGGUUGAUACUUCAAAGAUCCGUCAAGACCUCAAAUAAAUAACCUUGAAAAAAAAAAAAAACCAAGAAAAAAAAAAUUUGCCAGACUGCUCUUGAUGUCUAAAUAACAACGUAAAGCGAUGAUGGGACAAGAUUAAAAAAAAGUAUUGUGUAUUUGGACUAACUCCCAAUGGCAAGGAUUUUUAAUUUCUGCAAGGUUUGACUCAUUUGCAUGCACGAGGGUCUUUCAGCCACGCAAACGGAAGACGAGAGAGUUGGGUCGUUAUUGGCUAGCGAGAGAUUCCUCUUUUGAAUCCGCUAUCUCCAUCUGACACCGGAGCGUCGCCAUAGCAACGCUGCAAUGCUGGCAGAGCCGACGGAGGCGCAGUCUGAGGAUGACUCACGGUCAAAUGUUAAAGGAUGCAGGGAGUUUUGUUUUCUCCCCCCCCUCUCCCUCCCCC